UGCACCCCACCCACCCCCCUCCUCUCUCUCAGGCUUGAGAACGGCGCCAGUCUUCUCCAGGUGCUCUACUAGGUACAGUAGUACCAUUAUUAAAGUCUUUGAGGUAAAGGAGUUGCAGGUAGUUUGUUCAGGUUUCAUGGGUUCCCAUGUGAUAACACCCGAAGAUGUACUUGAAUCACUAAUGAAUGAUGGCACUAUUGAUGCUAUUAGACUGAAGAUUAUAAAUCAGCUAAAGGCCAAUGAAGAGCUGAAGAACAAUACAAUUACAAUGGUGGAGCAAAGUAAGGUUCUAAACACUCCUGGUGCAGAGAAACAGACCAAGCGAGAGUUAUUUGAUGCACUUCGUCGAGAACUUGAAACUCCAGUGCUCGAAAAGGCUUCGAAAGCAGUUUGGGAGCUGAUUCUUGACAACAGUGGUUUGGGGAAGGAGAUCAGUGAAACCGUUGAGAGAGUUUACUGCCGGCUAAGUGGCCAUGAACUGGCGCCAGUACUGCCUCCACCUCCACCCUCCACCAGUGAUGUCCAACCAGAGAAGGAGAACGAAAUGAAAGACAAGGGGGAAGGAGAGAAGGCCAUGGAGAUGGAGAAGUCUGAGUCAUCAUCAAGGAAGAGGACCUUCAGUGAGUUGAGCACUCAAGGAACAGAGGUAGAUGCAAAUGGUAGUGUCGACCAGCCUCCGGUUGUAUCAGAUGAUGGUGUGCUACCAUCAGCCAACCCAAAGACAUGAUAAAAUGGCAAUAGUAUUUGCCGACUAGAUGAAUUUAGGACCUUUUAGUAGAAAAAUUAUAACCCGGGUUGGUUUUGACUUGAGAAAGCUUGACAUGAAUUUUAUGGUUGAAUCUAUUGCAAUUGCAAGGUGCAGCAAAUAUUCUAGGGCAUGGGAUAAUCUUGUGAAGUGUAUUAUCUGGUUCUUCAUGAGGUUUGAGUCUUCAUGAUAGUGCUUUCACCCUUUGCAUUUGCCUGCAUCCAUGUGUUUUUGGAGGGUUUGGAGGCAAUUUCAUCUGCCUUCAGAAAAUUAUCAACCACCCUCUCAACAGGUGUUUUAUUACAUUUCAUGGACAUUAUAAAUGUAAGUAUAUUGUAAGUUGCUAUUUUAUGACAUUUACUU